ACAACUGCACGUGCGUGAUCACAACAAACGAGCUCAGCACUCGGAAAGUACCGGCCGCGGAAAUGAAACUAAAAUCACAUCGUCUUUUUAUCGGAAAAAUUCCACCAGGAACUUCCGAACAGGAGCUAAGAAAAGAGUUCAGUGCAUAUGGCAAUAUAGAGUCAUUGGAAAUCAAGACCAAAACAAACCCGCUGAAUGAUUCCGUAGAAAUCUUCGGCUUUGUUACGCUCCAAACGGAAGACUUUUUGGUGCCCCAAUGCAUUGAAGAGUUUCAGCGGCAACCGUAUAAAGGAGUGUACUUGAACGUAUCCAGAGCAAAAGAGUCUUUUCUUGAUAAAUUGAAACGUGAAAGAGAGGAAGCUGAAGCGCAGAAGAAUAAUAAUCAUUCGCUGCUGGAUCCAUACAAAAAACCACCCGUAGAGGAGCAACGUGUUAAGGAAACGGUAGCACCAUUGCCGACAUUACCAACUCUAAGAAAAGGCAAGGAUAGCAGUUCUUCCGAGAGUUCGGAAUCGGAAAGUGAUGAGGAACCUGCUCCUAAGGAAAGGAAACUGUUCGAUGGACCACGCGCCAGUAGACCCCAGCCAUCAAACGUGCAAGAUGAAAUAGUGAAAAAAUGGAACCAAGAAACGUACAUUGAGCACGGGAAACUAAAGAUUGUCCCCAUCACUGGCCAGAUAGCGGAAGUGAUCGACCGGUCUAAACCGCACCAAAAACGGUCGGUCGAUAAGAAACUCGGCGAAACUGCCCGAAUAGCGGAUGAAAAGCGAAAGCAGGGUUUGAGUAACCUAAAAUCUGCAUACGAGCAGCAAAAGCUAGCGAUCAAAAGUGCUCUCGCUGGUGUAGCGCAAAAUAGAGCGAAUAAAAUUACAUUUGACGAUGACGAUGCACCGGGGCAGACGAAAUUAUCCCUGUUCGAUGCAGAGGACGAAGAGGACGAUGGAUUCCAGGCGAAUUUUAGCGUACGCAAGCAGCUACUCGGCGAGGAAGGCCAAAAACUGUACGAGUUGCAAACGUCCUAUCAAGCCGACAAUCGAUUUCGUUUGGAUGCACGAUUUUUGGAAGAAGGCGAUAAACCCGCCGCACCGAAGGCGAAAGGAAAGGAAGCUAAAGAACGGAUGAAACAGUUGGAGAUUCUUUCGACCGUUACCGGCAAGCCAAUAAGCGUAGAAAAUCGAACGGAAAUGAAACCCGACGUGCAAAUGCAACGCUUUGACCCUUUGCAGAAGAAAACAUCGGAUCAAAUUGAAACCCCAGAACCGUCAGCAAAAGAACAUGAGAGGAAGAAAGCUGAACGUCGUGAAGACGAUUAUAAAGUUUCUGGUGAAAAGUUCUUCAAAGUGGCGGAUAACUUCACCGUUUCGUCUCAGAGACAAUCGCAAGGCUUCAGUUUACUGUCGAUGUUUGGAAAAGCAACGGAAACAAACGAGAGUGCGAUGGAAGUGGAUCGAAUGCAGGACGCUACACCACUGAAAAGUGAGGUCCGCUUCCGGCAUGAAUCUUCCGACAGUGAGGAAGAUCAAGACACACUAACGAAAGGCAGCCGGAAGCAAAGUAAGAAGGAAGAAAAGAAGCAGAAACAAAAAUCGAAAGAGGAAAGCAACAAAGGAGUACAGGGAAUCAAAACCAACGGGAAAAAGCAAACGGGUCCAGGAUACUACACGAAGCAGGGCAUCUGGAAGGAAAGCUUUUUCUUCAUUCCCAACGAUCCACGUCUCGAUGUUGGUCGCGAAUUUCUUGGUUUUGUCGAAGGCGGUAAAGAUAAUUUGAAAACGGCGAAAGAAGCGGUUGGUGGUUUGACGGAAACCGAAGUUCAAGAUAUUCGCCAGCUGUACAAAGUACGCCGUCAUCGCGAAAACAGAUUUGAGCACAAACAAUCUAAGCUAGGUCUUAAACGAUUGAAAAAGAAAACGUCGACGGUGCUCACCAAUCCCGUGAUACCCAUGAAACGUAAGAGAGUUAAAUAAUUUACAAACUUGUUUUAUUCCACACGCAAUUUGGUAUCUUUAUUAAAGCUUCAAUAAAAGCCUCGGCCAUACUGAA